UCCCUGGGCUCCGGGCCCCUCCCCGCCGGGCCCCUAGCCUCUUCGCGGCGUCACCCGAGCCCCCUCUUCGGUCCGCGGCCCCCGCUCCCUCCGCCCCCUUCCCUCUCUCACUUCCCACGCCCCCUCUUCGCGCUCCUCUCUCCUCCCCUUGCCGCCCAGCCCCGGCUCUGGAGUUGGGGGAGAGCCCAGGGCUCCAGUCGCUCCGGAGGAGGCGUGAAUCGCGCAGGGAUUGACUAAUUUGGGGUGGGGGUGCGGUGGGCGAUGGAGCAGCCCGAGGACAUGGCGUCGCUGAGCGAGUUCGACUCCUUGGCGGGCAGCAUCCCGGCCACCAAGGUGGAGAUCACCGUGUCCUGCAGGAACCUCCUGGACAAAGACAUGUUUUCCAAGUCUGACCCACUGUGCGUCAUGUAUACUCAAGGCAUGGAGAACAAGCAGUGGCGGGAGUUUGGGCGCACAGAAGUCAUCGACAACACACUCAAUCCUGACUUUGUGCGCAAGUUCAUUGUGGAUUAUUUCUUCGAGGAGAAGCAGAACCUCCGCUUUGACCUAUACGACGUCGACUCCAAGAGCCCUGAUUUAUCUAAACACGAUUUCCUGGGCCAGGCCUUCUGCACCCUUGGAGAGAUUGUGGGGUCCCCUGGGAGCCGCCUGGAGAAGCCCCUCACGAUAGGCGCCUUCAGCCUGAAUUCCAGGACGGGCAAACCCAUGCCAGCUGUGUCCAACGGAAGUGGUCUUUGGAUGGAAAGUUUGAGAACCACUGGUCUGGAAGCCUCUGGUGGUGUCCCCGGGAAGAAAUGUGGCACCAUCAUCCUGUCCGCUGAGGAGCUCAGCAACUGUAGGGAUGUCGCCACCAUGCAGUUCUGUGCCAACAAGCUGGACAAGAAAGAUUUCUUUGGGAAAUCCGACCCCUUCUUGGUGUUCUACAGAAGCAACGAGGACGGAACGUUCACCAUCUGCCACAAGACCGAGGUGGUGAAGAACACCCUGAACCCUGUCUGGCAGACCUUCUCCAUCCCCGUGCGGGCCCUCUGCAACGGGGACUAUGAUCGGACCAUCAAGGUGGAGGUGUACGACUGGGACCGAGACGGCAGCCAUGACUUCAUCGGGGAGUUCACCACCAGCUACCGGGAGCUGGCCCGUGGGCAGAGCCAGUUUAACAUCUAUGAGGUGGUAAACCCAAAAAAGAAAAUGAAGAAAAAGAAAUACGUGAAUUCUGGCACAGUCACCCUGCUUUCCUUCGCUGUGGAGUCAGAGUGUACGUUCCUUGACUACAUCAAAGGAGGGACCCAGAUCAACUUCACCGUGGCCAUUGAUUUCACUGCCUCCAACGGAAACCCCUCGCAGUCCACGUCCCUGCACUACAUGAGCCCCUACCAGCUGAACGCCUACGCGCUGGCACUGACUGCCGUCGGGGAGAUCAUCCAGCACUACGACAGCGACAAGAUGUUCCCUGCCCUUGGCUUCGGGGCCAAGCUGCCCCCAGAUGGCCGGGUGUCCCAUGAGUUCCCGCUGAACGGCAACCAGGAGAACCCCUCGUGCUGCGGCAUCGACGGCAUCCUGGAGGCGUACCACCGCAGCCUGCGCACCGUGCAGCUCUACGGCCCCACCAACUUCGCCCCCGUGGUCACCCACGUGGCCAGGAACGCGGCGGCCGUGCAGGACGGCUCCCAGUACUCGGUGCUGCUCAUCAUCACGGACGGCGUCAUCUCGGACAUGGCGCAGACCAAGGAGGCCAUCGUCAACGCUGCCAAACUGCCCAUGUCCAUCAUCAUCGUCGGCGUGGGCCAGGCAGAGUUCGACGCCAUGGUGGAGCUGGACGGUGACGACGUGCGGAUCUCCUCCCGGGGGAAGCUGGCUGAACGGGACAUCGUCCAGUUUGUGCCCUUCCGGGACUACGUGGACCGCACAGGCAACCACGUGCUGAGCAUGGCCCGCCUGGCCCGGGACGUGCUGGCCGAGAUCCCCGACCAGCUGGUGUCCUACAUGAAGGCACAGGGCAUCCGUCCGCGGCCCCCGCCCGCGGCACCAGCACAGUCACCCCCGCAGUCCCCAGCCCGCACGCCCCCUGCCUCCCCGCUGCACACGCACAUCUGAACCUGCUCCACAGCAGGCAGCUGGCUGGGGCCUGGGGGAGGCCGUAGAAUGGUAGGCAGAGUCCCCAGACUCCCCCCAGACGGCCCGCCUGGACUUUGGGGCACUGUGUCCCUGGGAGGCCGGCAGGGGACCACUGCAGACCCCUGUUCAAUUUCCUGGCCCCACUUACUGCCCAAACCCAGGGAGUUGGGGGGUACAGAUAGUGGAGGGGGCACAGGGUCUGGAUCCCAGCUCUUCUGUUCUUCCCCCACACCUGGCUCUAGCCCGGCCAGAGAGGCGUGAACAACAAUCGGGGCCCUGGGGUCCCCCACCCCGCCAGGCGUCUCUACAUUGCACACCUGUCCCUGAAGCCUGGGCUUGGCCUCCUCCAGCCCCUCCCCCAUCCCCCAGUGGUGUCUACUCCUGGCCCCCACCCCAUUAACUAUCCUGUGCCCUGUUUCUGGUGACCUGUCCCAGGGACGCUGUAUGCAGUGACAGCCGUGGGGGGCUGUGACAGUGACCCUGGGCCACAGGAUGGGCCUGAAAUGGGGGUUUUCAGCACCGAGUCCUUCCCGGUGCCUCUCAAGCCCAGGGUGGCAUCGGUUCUAGACACGCAGACCCGCAGGCACUGCCACAGUUCACGCCUAGCUCCGGGCACCCCCUCUCCCUCCAGAGGCUGCCAGGGCCCUUGGUGCCCCCCCACUGGAGGCCCGGGCAAGGAGCAGCCCUGCCCCGGUGCCCGCGUGCCCACUCUCUUGCCUCCACCUCUGCCUGCUGUGGGAACCCAUGCACGGCCCUGCUGCUUUGGGGCCUCAGUCCCCACAGGUCUGGUGAGAGGGUUGGCCGGACUGUCCCGGCUUCCUUCCUCUCCGACGUCCUGAGGGUCCGUACAUCCCGCGCCCAGUUCCCCCGACCACUCCCAACAAAUGUGACCUUUCACCCCAGGCCGUCUUGGCUCUAGGGUCACCCUGUCUCAUCCCACCGCCCCAGACACAGCCCGGUCCUUCCUCCUCGGGCUUGGCGUCGGAGCCGAGCUCUUGCCCCUGCCGUGGGCGGGGAGGCAAAGGGGCGCUCGCGCUGGGCCCACCCGGCAGGUCACGCAUGCCAGUCCCUCGUGUGCAUGGGGCUCCCCAGCCCGCCGGUCCCGCGUGCCCGGGUGGAGACAGGCCCCGCCGCGUCUGCCGCCCGGCCCCGCUUCCCUGCGUCACGCAUGAUGGUGGUGUUUCUACGGCGUCUGGUCCCGUGCCCGUCUCUGCGACAAUCUCUGUGUGGAAUCUGCCUUAAUCUGAAGUAAAUCUGGUUCUUUUAGUAAA